GAAUGUAUUUAACCAUAAUCUUCUAAAGCUGACCAUUAUGCUGAAUUCUGUUAGCCAUAUUAUUGACCAGUGGCUAUUGUUAUGUAGUUUGUAAAGAAACACUGGUUGAUGACUAGUCAAACUACCAUAUAAACUUCUUUCUUUAAAAAGUCAAAAUAUUUUUAACUAUACAGAGUGACUGUUGGCUGCUGAAUGUGAUGUAAUGGUCAAGGUUAUUUCAAUCAAACAGCUGCCACAGAUGACCAUAAGACUACAGUAAAGGCCAGUAGAGAUCUGUCACAUCUAGUUACAGGAAUCAACUUGGAUAUUCUAGCUGACCACAACAGUAUGGCCAGUGGAGAGGACAUCUCAACAUAUUUUACAGGUACACAUGAAGUACAAGAAUGUCUUGAAGGUCAAGUUGAGGUAGAUCUACACACACACCUGGCUAACUGCAAGAAAAAUCCUGGCCACAAAAACUUUGUACCUGUAAAUCAGCUAAGUGUUGAGCAUUUUCCUUCUGGUUACCAUGACAACGAUGUGUAUGACAUCACAAAAGCCAUUGCUGACAAAACAGUCAGGAUAGCCGUUAAGUUGACCAGUCUAAAGAGACCAGAGUUUGUACGUGGCACUAAAAAUCCAUAUCCUUGCUACAACACCAGGGGACAGAACUCACUGCAUACAGGGACUGGGUGGGUGGUGGAUGUGAUCAGGUACACAGAGGGAGAGGAUGGCAGAACUUGUCCAUGUCCUGAAUGUGACCACUCGGACACACCCAGCAAAGUGUGGUGGCAGGUUGUUGUGAGGACAGCCACACAUGUGGUUUUUGAUGAGAGUGAGGCGAGACAGUCCAGCUGUAGGUUGUGGUUUGAUGAUGAUCAAAGUCCAGUGGUCAAGAUUUAUGGGUGGAAGGUGAGUUGGCCAGACACUGAGGGAGACGUGUGUGACUUGUAUUGUGUGACACAUGACGUAGAUGUAGGUGAUAAACUGGAGGAGAUGGUAUGGCGGUUUAGUGAUCUAUGUUAUAAAGUAAUGAACAAAUACAAGGAUCGCAGAGAUGUGGACAAGCUGACCAUUAUAGUGUCACAUCCUCAUGGCUGUUCUAAGCAGGUCUCUGUAGGUCACUGGGUGGACAGGCAGGAGGUGGACAGGCAGGAGGUGGGGGAGGGAGACACCAGGUACACGUACACAACGGCCACCUGUCCAGGUAGCAGUGGGGCUGGAGUCUACAGAUUCGGGUGGGACUGGGGGCCUGAACAUCCCCAUAGUGGAACUAACUCUGGUGGAUUAAAUUAUAGUGGGGUGUGUAUGGAACAGGACUAUUACUCGUAG